ACAACUGCGCAGAGUCGCAGCCGCGCAUCCGACAUCGGGGACGCCUUCCGCCUCGCUGCCCGAAAUUACAGGCAGCAAGAUGUCGCUCUCGAGCUCUUCGCCCAAACACUCCAUCAACGGCGACAGCGAAGAUGACAGUCGACACGACUCCAACUUGACGCGGACCGAGUCCAUGCGCUCGGCCGCCGACCACUUCACGCGGUUCCACGAAAUCGUCUUCGUGGUCGUGGUGUGCAUGUCGCAGUUCAUGACGCAGGCCGCGCUGAGCGUCAACCUCGCCCCGCUGGACAUCAUCGGCGACGGGCUCAACAUCUCGCAACCCGGCAUCCUGAGCUGGUUGAUCGCCGGCUACUCACUCACCGUCGGGACUUUUAUCCUGUUCUUCGGCCGGCUGGGCGAUCUCUUCGGCUACCGCCUCAUGUUCAUCAUCGGCUUCGUCUGGUUCGCGCUGUGGUCCAUGGUCGCCGGCGUCAGCGUGUAUUCGAACUACAUCCUCUUCAUCUUCGCGCGCACCCUCCAAGGCCUGGGCCCCGCCAUGCUCCUGCCCAACGGCCUCGCCAUCCUGGGCGCCACUUACCGCCCGGGGAAGAAGAAGCACAUGGUGUUCGCGCUGUUCGGCGCGAUGGCGCCCAACGGGUCCGUGAUCAGCGGCAUCUUCGCGGCCGUCUUCGCCCAGCUGGCCUGGUGGCCGUGGAUCUUCUGGUCGAUGGCGAUCUGGAACCUGAUACUGGCGCUGCUGGGCGUGUACGCCAUCCCGCCCGCGCCGACCGACCCGCGCAUCCGUACGCUCCCCCUGCGGGCCCUCUGCACAGAAAUGGACCUCAUGGGCGCAACGCUGGGGAUUACGGGGCUGGUGCUGGUGAAUAUCGCAUGGAACCAAGCGCCGGUGGUGGGAUGGGAGCAGGCGUACGUGUACGUGCUGCUGAUCGUGGGGCUGCUGAUCAUCGCGGGGUUUUUCGUCUGGGAGAUCCACGUGGCGGAAAACCCGCUCAUCCCGUUCCACGCGCUCAACGUCGACGUCUCGUUCAUCCUGGCCUGCGUGGCGUGUGGCUGGGCCAGCUUCGGCAUCUGGAUCUACUACUUCUGGCGAUUCCUUGAGGACAUCCGCGGCGUGCGCCCUAUUCUCGCGUCGGUUGAGUUCAUCCCGCCCUCCGUCAUGGGGAUUAUCGCCGCCUUCUCGACGGGCCAUCUGCUGAGUCGGCUCCAUCCGGGCUGGAUCAUGGUCAUGGCGCUCGUCGCGUUCACGCUGGGAAAUGUGCUGUCGGCGAUCGCGCCUGUGCACCAGACGUACUGGGCGCUGUCGUUCGUCACGCUGCUGAUUAUCCCGUUCGGUAUGGACAUGUCCUUCCCCGCCGCAACGGUGGUGCUGAGUGACGCGGUGGGGAGGGAGCAUCAGGGUGUCGCUGCGUCGCUGGUGUGCACUAUUGUCAAUUACAGUAUCUCGCUGGGACUGGGGUUCGCGGGCACCGUCGAGGUGCAUGUCAACCACGGCGGGAAGACGUUCGAAGAUAAGUUAUUGGGGUAUCGUGGGGCAUUCUAUAUGGGAAUUGGGCUCGGGGGAUUGGGGCUGGUCAUGAGUGUGGUGUAUGUGAUCCAUAGUCUGAGGAGGGGGCGGCGCGGUGGGAAGGGAACCGAGGACGCUUAG